AUGGAGAAAAACUCGAAAAAACCAGCGGUUUUAUUGACCGAAGCAGAAGAAGUUGAAAAGGUAUUCGACAAAUUCGAUACGAAUGGAGAUCGCAAAAUCUCGUUAUCAGAACUCGGUGAAAUUAUGAAAGCGCUCGGCUCAAAGACUGAAGAGGAGGAACUGAAGCGCAUAAUGUCGGAAUUAGACACCGAUGGCGAUGGUUCCAUCGAUAUUAACGAGUUUAAGGCGUUCUACUGUGGCGGUGGCAACAAUGAGUUAAAGGAGGCGUUUGAUUUGUACGACAAGGACAAGAAUGGGAAGAUCUCGGCGAGUGAGUUGCACUCGGUACUCAAGGGUCUAGGUGAGAAGUGUAGCCUCAAGGACUGCCGGCGGAUGAUUAGCUCCGUCGAUGUUGACGGCGAUGGUUGCGUUAACUUCGAAGAAUUCAAGAAGAUGAUGAGUAGGCCUUCAUAA